CCGCCAUCAUCUUCCCCACGGAUCAAGGAUCAAGAAAGAAGAUGUCAAAUAGAGCCACACAUUGGUGCUAUGCCUGCCGUCGGCCAAUUCGUCUUCGUGGACAAGAUAUAAUCUGCCCCAACUGCAAUGAUGGCUUUAUCCAAGAGAUCAGUGAGACAGGAGGCGCGUUGAACUCUUACGGUAUCUUUGGCCCACGCUUCGAUGAUCGCCAAGAUAGAAGAUUCGGAAUGAUGGAGGCUAUGUCUGCCGUUUUGCGUCAGCGGAUGGCAGAGAUGGGCAGCAAUCCUGUGUUUGACCCAAGUGCAGCUGGGGUAAGCGCUGAACGAGGAAGGCAGCCCUCUCUCGGCCCUAGGCUGAUAUUUGGCAGCAACAUGCCUGCUCACCCGAGCGAAAGCAGCGGUGUAAACAUCCGCGUCAGGGGAGGUCGCAGAAUUGGAGCCGAUCGACCAAACUUCAGUGGCUUCCUUGCCAGUCCCAGUAUUGAAGCUAUGUUUGAGCAGCUGCUGCUGCAGACUAGCAACCGUCAGGGGCCACCGCCGGCUCCUCAGUCCGCAAUCGACUCAAUGCCGGUGGUGAAGAUAAGCCGCAGGCAUCUCAGCGAUGAUCCACACUGUCCAGUCUGCACGGACAAAUUCGAGGUCGGCUCGGAGGUGAGGGAGAUGCCGUGCAAGCACCUGUACCAUGGCAGCUGCAUCAUCCCCUGGUUGCUCCAGCACAACUCUUGCCCGGUUUGCCGCCAUCCGCUGCCGCCACAGCGAGGAUCAGAUGAUGCCCCCAUCCGUUCACCUUCAGUCCGCACUAGCGAAACCCCUAGUCGUGCGGUCACCGGAGCUGAUGUCAGGCCUGUUGUAACUGUAAGGGAUGAUGACGACGGAAGCAACUCUUUCUCGUUUCUCUGGCCAUUCGGCUCGUCGAGCCCCAGUCCUAGUUCUUACCAGUACGAAGGAGCUGUGGGUGGUGAGCCUGCCGUCUUUGACGAAGACCCCAGCCAGAUAACCUAUUGCGAGUGGCACUACGACCCCUGAUUCCAUGAGCUCCUGCUCCAAGCUGUCUCUGCAGCAAUUCUUGCAGUAAACCUGCAGACAUGCCUGGAUGUGAGUGAAGUUCACCUUAUAUUUACCUACCUGUGUGUGAAUUGGAGCUGUGUAUAACUUUAAACUGUCUACUGAGCAGUGAACAACUACAUUCUGUAGUAGUACUAGUAUAUAUCGAAAUGUACUACCUGUCGGCUGAACUUCGUUCCUUUUACGUUUUAGAUGUACUGAACUUCGUUCCUGACCGAGCAUAAAAGAAUCCUGUCAAA